GUUCUUUGACCUCACUCUUCAGUUUCGUAGGUGCAGUGUUUGAAUGGCCUUUACAUCUGGGUAGCAAUCAUGCGGUUACCACCCAUGCCCUCCCCGGGGGAGAUAGUGAGGAUUUAUGGCCUAUCCGCAAAGAGAAAGCUGGCGCAGAACUUUCUGCUAGACUGCAACGUGGCUGAGAAAUUUGUACGCCUGGCCGACCCGUUUGUGGAGAACUGCUUUGUGUGCGAAGUCGGACCUGGCCCCGGGAGUCUUACCCGCUCUAUCUUGAUGAGGAACCCGGCAAGACUUGUAGUUGUCGAAAAGGACAGUCGCUUCCUGCCGGCCAUGAAGAUGCUGCGAAGUUUACGCAAGUCCGGCGAAGUUCGCAUUGUGUGGGGCGAUGUGCUCAAGUACAAAAUGGAGACAGCAUUCACCGGUGUUGCCAAGCCUUUGCCAUGGGAAGCACGGCCAAACACCUGUCUCAUCAGCAACUUACCGUUCAACAUCUCAACGCCGCUGAUUAUUCGCCUGAUGCGUGACAUCGCCAACCGCGACGGACUAUAUCAUUACGGCCGUGCGCACAUGGUGCUGUCGUUCCAGAAGGAGGUCGCUGAACGUAUGAUGGCGCCCGUUUGUCAUGCACAGCGCAGCCGUCUCUCCGUGAUGGUGCAGACAUACACGUCCAUUGUUGAUCACUUCCUCAUCCCUGGCUCGGCUUUCGUGCCUGCGCCAAAGGUCGAUGCAGCGGUGCUCAAGUUCGUCCCGCUAGUCACACCGCGACUAGAUGUACCGUUUGAUGACCUGGAGAUGAUAGUACGGGUGCUAUUCUCCUAUCGCCGUGCUUUAAUCCGCAAGGCAGCACGACAAAUGUUCCGCUAUGACAAGAUGAUAAUGGCCGAGUUCUUCCAGAGAGCAGACGUGCCUGACAAUCUUCGCCCGCAGGAAGUCACUCUGGAUGAGUGGGGACGUCUGUGCCGGGCCUAUAUCGACAUGAAGCACUUGGCAACUGGCAUCAUUAACUUCCAGAUUGAUCCAGUAGAUGCAUACAAUGACUACUAUCAGAUGAAUGAGGGCGAUGACUACAGCAAAGGAGAAUUCGAGCCGGAUACGGUGGAGGAGGAAGCCGCUCUGAAGGAUCUGGACAUGAGCCCUCUCAUCACACAGACCCUAUAGACUACCGGCACAGCUGUGCAGUCUUGUCGUCACCCACACCCUAUAGACCAACAUGGCAAUGCAGUCUCUCGUCAUCCAGACCUUGUAGACGAAUGCAGCAGUGGAUGUCAGUGAGCCCUGUCAUCACUCAUACCCUGUAGACUGACACCACAGUGCAGUCUCUCAUCACCCAGACCCUGUAGACUGACACAGCAGUAGAUGUCAGUACUGCUUGUGUCGUCAAGCAAACCCACAGGCCUGCUCGAAGCAAGACUGAGCAGCCAGUAUGCACCACUUGCAGGAAGCCAGUCCUAACAAGUAUUGUGUUCGCCUUGAGCAUAGAACGCCCUGGACAUUGACUAAACAUUAUGCUACAGCUGGCAAAAGUAGCAGCUACAUAGCCAGCAGUAGCUCAUGAAACAAACUGCUCAAAACUAUACUUAGCCCCCCUUACUCUCCAUUCCGCAAUAUUCAACUGAUGGCGCUGGACGCAGAAUAUUGUCUCAUGGCUGUGUGUUUAGUGGCUGCUAACUCCAUUCAUACACACACACACACACGCGCGCGCGCGCGCAUGACCACACCGAGUAUGAGACUUGAAGUGAAGACUUGAAGCGUACACACUCCACUGGCAUACUGUCUACUCAACAUGUGCGCUGUGUUUCCUGCCAGCUUUCUCAUAGUCACUUGACAAGACCAGCUUAGAUACUAGUCCAUGAAUCACUUCAAACAGCCUCAUCAUAUUUUAUAUAAUUUUACUAAAAAAAUUGUAAAACUAA